AUGGUGAAACCUGCAGAGGAUGAAAGGUUGACGUUUUUGCAAAGUGUUUUCUGUGGAGGAAUUGCUGGCGUUCUUUCAAGAACCGUGACCUCUCCGCUCGAAGUUGUGAAAGUUUUAUCUCAAGUUGGAACCCCAGAAACUCGUUUUGGUUUUUUGAGAACUUUUAAUAGGAUUUAUCGUAGUGAGGGUUUAAAGGCCUUUUGGAAAGGAAACGGUAUCUCUUGUCUACGGCUGGUUCCUUAUAGUGCAAUACAAAUGGCUGCCUUCCACAACCUAGUAGUAAGCGAUGGUACAUUUUCAAUGCUAAAUGUUCCUAUGAUCACUUAACCAAAGGGAACCGCAGGGAAAGAUAUAGGACAUGGAAGGUGCGGAACCUCUUACCUAGGACCCCUUCCCCUUUUGUUCCCGAGAAUUCCCCCCCUACCCUCAACACAAAUAAACUCAUACUGGUGUUUGCUGCUCAGCAGGUCAUGAUCUUUGACAUUUGUGACCUAAAACAAGGUACCCAUUUUAAAUGGGUACUCUGAGAUUUUAAGUACGUAUAGUGGUCCCUCCCCUUUAUGCGAUCAUCAAUGUUUCAUUUGAAUGAAAUGUGCUUUGACAAUGAAAAAAAAAUCGUUUGAAAUAUUACCCAAUUUUCAGGCAGUUUUAGAUGAUGCACACAUGCCAAGUAAUCUAAAUGCUAAAAGUUGGAUGGUAGCCGGUUCAGGGGGUAAUCUAAUCGCAGCGCUGUUGGUGUACCCAGCUGACAUGCUUAAGACUCGACUUAUUGUCCAGAAUGUUAAUCCUUCCUUUUCAAACUAUCAUGGAAUCAUACAUGGUUUUCGAAAAAUCUGGAAAACGGAAGGAUUUGUGGCAUUAUACAAAGGAUUAUUACCAACUUUUCUUGGUGAGUACUUGGAUGUAUAGACAUGUGGCAGUGAAAUUUGAACUUGCAUGAAAUUGAACUUGAAUUUGUGAAUUUAUCUAAAAAAAUGAGAGUUCAUCUUGAGUUGUGUUGCAAUACAAAAGCUUUAGUAUAUUUAUGGUUUGGUGAAUUUGAAGUAUAUUGUGUUUCUUUUAAGGUGUGAUUCCUUUUGCUGGAGGUUCAUUUUUAGCGUAUGAAAUUCUUGACAGUUCAAUUGCAAUGUCUCCCAGUGAUCUGACCCCAAUGUAUAUGUUUGUCAGUGGAUGUCUGGCUGCUGCUGUUGCUAAGGUGGUUUUUCUUACUUACUUUUGUUGUAUUUUACUGGAAAAAGAUGAAUUUAAAGUUUAUAUUAUUGAGUGUACUUGAAAAAUGUAAGAAUUAGCAAGGAUUAGUUGAUGAACUCUCUUCAUGCAGCCUAGUCCAUGCAGUGAAGUUUUUUGGCAGAUGUUUUCAUCUGCCUUUUCAGCCACUGUGGUUAUUUUUUAUCCAACUGACCUUAAAUGUUGAUUGCUACUGAUCUGAAAUGUCGUCUUUUUUUUUAAUCAAAUUUGUUCAAUAUUUUGUCUUUGGGAAAAAGCAGUAGUCACAUAUUUUGGUUUUGUUUUGCUCUGUACUCAAGUUUGAGUCCAAAGAACUUCCCUCCAACUUUAGAUUCAUGCAUCUUGGUAAACUGUGACUUUUUUUCAUUAUCAACACAAGCUUAAUCACCUGUACAUGUGCAAUUUCAUUAGUGAUAAAUAUGUGACAUUUAUUUGUUUUUCAGACAUUGUCAUUUCCCUUUGACACAAUUCGAAAGAAAAUGCAGGUAUAUGUUUGAAGUGUUAAAUUUCAGCCCAAAUUCAGAUUUGCAAAAUACUUUUCAAACCAAGUAAAAAUAUGUUACCAUAAUCUAAACUAAUAUCCCUUUACCAUGGAGGUUUAGAAUUCCUUUUCAUGUUCAAAUUUCUUCAGGACCACACCUUUCUCUGUCACUAUGUUAAUUAGGUAAUUACGUGUUUUGAAAUUUCAAACCUAAGCUAUCAAUUAAAAAUUUUUCUGCAUUUUGAUGGUGAAGAUAAAAAAUUUUUAGAGUAUAUGGAGCAGCAGAAUUCUCCUUUAACCCUUUAUACCCUAAUAUCAGUGUGCAGUUUCUCCAUACUGUUCUCUAUACAUUUUCUUAAGUGCUGACAAGGAGAAUUAGUUUAAUAACAAGAGCUUUAUAAGUUGUUGAUCAUUUCCUUGAUUCUCACAACCUUAAUGUUUGAUUCUGGGGUGAUAAUGUAAGAAGAAAUUAAAAGCUGGUCACUCUUAGGGUAAAAACAUUUUCAGUAAGUGAGCAACUGCUUUUAAUGCAGAAAAUCACUUUUGAAUUUGUGAUGCAUGUGAAGUCUUCUUUGUUUCUAACAGGCUCAAAGCAAAACUCUGCCAAAUAAUGGUGGUGUGGAUGUUCAAUUUAAAGGAAUGACUGGUGCACUAGUUCAGACAGUGAAGGUAAAUGGAAUAACUGGCUUGUGGAGAGGUCUGUCAGCUAACUUGUUAAAGGUGAGAUAUGAUAAAAUUUCAUGGUUCAGGUUGCCUUGCCUCUGGCUGUACUCAUGACCUUUGGCACAGUUUUUCCCCAUUCAGACCUCCUGCCCAGUAAAUGACAUUUAUUAUUAAUAUAUAGCAGGGUAGUCCCUAAGUAAAUCUGAGAGUUCCAAUUUGGUGCUUAUUUAGUCCGUAUGUUUCCAUACAGACUGUUCCCACAGAAAUAGUCAUGAGCAGUGUAUUUUUAAUAGCAAAAGCCAAAAAAUUCAAAAUAAACAAUUUUGCUCCAGGUGCCAUAUGACAAACUACUGACUAAUCUUUUUAGCUUAAGUUGCACUGGUGUAUAAUAGCCCUUAGUUGUUUGUAUAUCGAGCUUGCUAUGUUCAGUCCAUGCUGCCACAACCUUAGGCCAACAUUUCCCAGUACUGCUCUUGUGUCCAGUUAGUGAGAAGUUAGUAUGAUGUUAAGUCUGGGUGACCUGGUGUCCUACUGGUUGGUGCACAGGACAUUAGGUCAAGGUAUCUAGGUUUCAGUCCGGCCUAGCUCAUUGUGUUGAGAUCUCUCUCCAACCAGGGGUAUAAAUGGGUGCCAAGGAACAUUUUAGGGAAGCCUGAUUCUGAUACCCCCUUAUACUGAAGAAUGACCUGUGAUAGGCAAAAAUAUGUGAUGGACUAGUGGAAGUGGCAAUACUCAGAGUCACAGUAACAUUACCUUUUUUAACAUUUUUGAGUUUUCCCUAACUACAACCAACUUCUUUUUGUCUAGAUUGCUCCAAAUGCUGGGAUAAUGUUCCUGUCCUUCGAAUACAGCAAAAGAAUAUUUCUGUUCUACAAUGGCUUCACUGAGUCACCAUUUUCUCAUGUUCCAAAACUUUACGUUGAUCAGAGCAUGUCACCAAAUGAAUUACGUCAUCAUGCUAUGAAGAAGAAAGGGUACAAUAGAUGACACAGGACAGUAAUUAAGAGCUCCAGAGUGGUUAGCCUGUGUUGGAUAGUUUUGGUUGGAAAGAAUUUCACUAUUGCUAAUCUUCUUAUAUGAAGAUUCAAGUUUAGAAAGAAAUUUCUCUCAAUAUGUUUUUUUUAGAUUUUAUGGUGAUCUCGGAGAAAUGUAACUGUCAUGGAAUGCUCAGUUCAAUUACAAAAUUUAUUUCAUUGAGCACUAUUUCACUUUCUGUUGACCAAAAAUAUUGGUUGAGUGGUAGUAAUAUUUUAUCUCUUUAAUCUCCUCAUACCACUUACAGAGUGAUUUGCCAUUUGAAUAGAGGUACAAUUCGGAAGAAGUUCCUUUCAGCCAACUAUGCUAAUCAUAGAUUCCAGUGUAGAUGGAAAGUACCCUUUAAUUUUUCACUUCUGGUCAUUUAGUCACAUCAGAAAAGUAUCUGUCUUAGUGAACUUAGUCAUCCAACUUUGAAAUUUCUUUAGUUGAGUGUUGGUUUGGUCAGAAAAAAAAAGAAGGAGUGGAAAGAAUGUCUCUCAUCUGCAACUCAUUCCAGCUAGUUUUGUUUUAAUAUUUUACCGAAAUGAAAAUAUACCCUGGGCAGUAUUGUCUGCCAAUGGAUAGUUGAUUGAUUUAAACUUGUGUUAAUAAAUGAUAUUUAAAAUUCUAAUUACUUCAAAACAGAAAAAUUCCAGCCAUAAGACGUAAUGGGUAUUGCAAUAAAGGAUGGUUGCAGCUUUAACAUGUGUGUGCUUUCUUGGUGAGAAUCUGACCACUUUGAGGACUAGUAUCCAAACAUUAAAACCUGUCACGUACAGAGCAAGCACUUCUGAUUCACAAUACAGCUUCUACCCAUUAACCUAUUAAGCUUUUAGAUUGACUACCAUUUAAUUUUCCUGACAUUAUUUGUCUCAUCCCAAGCUUAAGACAAGGGGUUUACUUUUGUUACAAAACAACUUGCAUUCAUGUACUGGCAGUGUAAGUACAAGCUUAGAUCAAUGGGGUUUACUUUUUUCAAGACAACUUGCAUGUAUGUAGUGCCACACACCAAAGCCAGCAACAAGACAACUUGCAUGCAUGUAAUGCCACAUACUAAAGCCAGCAACAAGACAACUUGCAUGUGUAGCACCACAUACUAAAGCCAGCAACAAGACAACUUGCCUGCAUGUAGCACCACAUACUAAAGCCAGCAACAAGACAACUUGCAUGUGUGUAGCACCACAUACUAAAGCCAGCAAC